ACGCUGCGCGGGCCGGGGAGAGGAAACCCGCGGGGCGCCGGCAGCGCAGCGGGCUCUAAACGCGGGGGUCGCGGGUUCGAGCCCCCACCUCGCCCCAGCCGCGGGGUAGCCACCAGGCCGGAGACACUCGCCCCGCGGCGACAUGGCCGAGGCGGGGCUGGGGACACGCUUCCAGCGGCGCUUCCUGGCGGCCCGGCAGCUCUGCUCCUUCCCCUGGCAGGAACUGGAACAAAACCUACGGCUUUCACCGGAUUCCUCCCUGCUCCUGGAUAUCCUGCACGAGACCGUUCUCCACCCCCUGGGUGUAAAAUACCCCCCUCCCACCAAGUACAGGAGAUCUUUUCUAACCCAGCUCAUCAAAAAGCACGAGUCGGUGGGAGCUGAGCCCCUGGAUGAGCUCUACGACGCGCUGGCAGGGGUUCUAAACGAAGAAGAAUCCACUCGCUGUUACAAAAGCUACUUCCUGCCCUCGGGGGAGCCCGUCACCCUUUGUGAGAGCGUGGCCAUCAUCUCUGGAGGAACCACGGGGCUCGUCACCUGGGACGCGGCGCUUCAGCUGGCUCAGUGGGCGAUAGAGAACAGCGCCCUUUUCCGUGACAGGACAGUCCUGGAGCUGGGAAGUGGGAUUGGCUUCACUGGAAUCGCUGUCUGUAAAUCCUGCCGUCCCAAGGGGUACGUGUUCAGCGACUGCCACCCCGGCGUCCUGCAGGCGCUGGAGGAAAACAUCCGGCUCAACGGCUUGGCCUUGGAGCCCCCCACGGCCCGUGGAACCCAAACGGAGCCCCGGGGCCAGGAGGUGGAAGCAACGAGUUGCCAAAACCCCAAAUUAAUUGUUGCCGAACUGGACUGGGGCUCAGUUACGGAAAACCAACUCUUGGAUCUUCAGCCCGACGUCGUCAUCGCAGCAGAUGUGGUGUACGAUCCAGAGAUCAUUUUAGCCCUUAUUGGUAUGCUACAGAAACUCUCUGCUUGCAGAGGGGAUGGAAAACCUCCCGAGGUCUACGUUGCUUCCACCAUUCGGAACCCGGACACGUAUCACCUCUUCCAGGCUGAACUCGGUGCGUGCCUUCUCCAUCAACCCUAUCAGCAGUUUGGGCAUCUUUCCCCAUGAUUUAAUCUGUAGCAGAGAUAAACAGGAGCAUUUUUGGUGACGGGUAUUGUCCAACAGUGAGAUUUUUUUUAUCCUAGACCCGGAUUUAAGAGCAAUCUGCCCAAAAGCAGUACCUAUUCCACAUAGAUUUGGUCAGGAGAUUGGAAUUUAGGCUUUUGCUCCAUCAGAGCUCACGUCUGUUCGUGCUGAAUUGAGAUGAAUUGACAACGCGGUGGUGAUGGGAAACUAAAAAAGGGAGAAGCUUAAAGAAGGAAAACCAUCUGUGCAGCGCUGUCACAGCAAUAACAACUCGGGAUGCAGCCUAAAACCUUUAUCUUAGCUGCUCUUGGAGGGUUAAAAAUACAGCUAGAGAUUAAAUAAAACAGGGAUUUGGGAUUUUUUCUUCAUACACUUUUCAGAAGUCUGUCUUGCAGUCUACUAGCUCUACAGCAAUUAGUUAAUUCACACAAUUAUGCUGAGUCCAUAGCAGAAGCGUUACUAUUCAUUUUUAAAAAUACAUCCUGAUAAGCACUUGCCUGUAGCUCCCUUUUACAGCUCUUCCUUUUAUUAAGCAGAAACAUGAUUCCUGGUGUUUCCCUUUGCAGAGAAAGCCGGGAUCGGAUGGCAGAUUAUUCCAGCCCACAGCAACAGUAGUUUUCUCUAUGACGUGCAGCCAAACGUAACUAUUCUACAGCUAUUUAUAUAGACUUGGGAAACGUGACAUAAGUAGGAUUUCCAGACCAAAAGGAGGCAUCUCGCCCUUGCAACAGGAUUAUUUUGAAUUCUAGAAAGGUACACGGGAGGCACUGAGGAUACAACUAUAUGCAUGGACCGUUGUCAAAGGGAGUUAUGUUUCUUCUUAUAA